AUCAUCGAAUUCCCUAUCCUGAAGCUGAAUGGCAGGACGAUGGAGAUCGAAUCCACGUUUCACAUGUAUGUUCAGCCUGUGGUGCAUCCCCAGCUUACGCCCUUCUGUACAGAGCUGACUGGGAUUAUUCAAGGCAUGGUGGAUGGGCAGCCGAGCCUCCAGCAAGUGCUUGAGAGGGUUGACGAAUGGAUGGCGAAGGAAGGCCUCUUAGAUCCCAGCGUCAAGUCGAUUUUUGUGACCUGUGGAGACUGGGAUUUGAAAGUGAUGUUACCAGGACAAUGCCAGUACUUAGGGCUGCCGGUUGCUGAUUACUUCAAACAGUGGAUUAAUCUGAAAAAG